AUGAAUUCGAUCAAGGAAGCACUUUUAUGUUCUCUGCUUAUUCUUGCCGUUACAGGGAAGAAUGUAGCUGCUGCAAAUAUAAAAGCCGGUUACCAUGCUGGUGUUAGUGGAAUGGAACCUAUAGACGAGAAAAGCUGUAUGAACGAAGAACUACAUGCUGAUCCAUACCUCUCAAAUCCUCUCGAAUGUGCUCGCACGUGUCAAGUAGGAGAAGCGAGAACAUGUUAUUAUAAAUUUGUGAUUGAGCGAUAUCCUACUAAUGGAGUUGCAUGCGAUUAUUGCAGUCCUAACAUGACCAAUAGCAUUUGUGCUAACUGUCAAUGCGUCCCUGGCGAUGGACUCGAGCGUAUGGCUUUGACAGUGAACAGAAUGUUACCAGGUCCAAGUAUUCAGGUUUGUCAAGGCGAUUAUGUUGUGGUCGAUGUUUUAAACAACAUAAAUUCAGAAGCAUUGACGAUCCAUUGGCACGGAGUAAAGCAAAAAGGCUCCCCGCAUCAGGAUGGUGUUCCAAAUCUAACGCAAUGCCCGAUCGUAUACAAAAAUUCGUUCAGGUAUCAGUUUUACGCAGACAACAGUGGAACACAUUUCUGGCACGCGCACACGGGUGCACAGAAAAUGGACGGCGUAUUCGGUAGUUUCAUUGUAAGAGAACCGGAACAACUUGAGGUUCAUUCAAAGCUUUACGACUUUGAUUUAGCGAAUCAUGUGAUGUUAGUCAACGAUUGGUUUUCUGAAGAAACUACAAGUCGAUUUCCAGGAAAAAAAAUUGGUAUAAAACAACAUCUUCCUGAGUCGUUUCUUGUUAAUGGAAGGGGAAGGUAUAGGAAUUCCGAUGGUAGCAUGGCGCAACUUCCGUUGGAAGUGAUUAGUGUGGAUGCUAAUAAUCGAUAUCGGUUCCGUUUUAUCAACUCUAUUUGUACUGUCUGCGGUCUACAAUUGACAAUUGAAAAUCACAAACUUACAGUCAUUGCUAGCGAUGGUCAACCAGUGGAACCCGUUGAAGUUGACUCCAUCGUUUCGUUCGCAGGUGAACGAUACGAUUUUGUCUUAAAUGCUAAUCAACCAAAGGGUGCCUAUUGGAUACAACUUCGUGGAAUAGGAGAAUGUGAUGAAAUUAAAUUGCAAGAAUCGGCUAUAUUGAGUUAUGUGGGUGGAUCUGCUGUUCCAGCUACAAAGGAGCCUACUUACUCGUCUCCUCUUUAUGAAGGACGCGUAUUGAAUUCAAUGGAUCUCGACUGCAAGCGCCACGUUUGUGUCAAUGAUUUGAAACAAGCGACAGCAAUCGAUUCUGAUAUUCUACAAAAAGAACCAGACGUGAAAUUAAUAGUUCCUAUAGGUGUGGUCAAUUAUUCACCCGCAGAAUUUUUCAAACCAAACGAGUACAAAAACUUUUUGGGUUCCGUAAAUCUAGUGUUAAAGUCAAAAACGACGUUAAAAAAUAAAUGGAUUAGCGUUCGUGCAGGAGACGUGCAUCAUCCAUUCCACUUGCACGGAUACACGUUCCAUGUGAUGGGUAUGGAUCAACCACUAGGGCCAUAUACGGACAACACGCGUGCAAUGACGGUGAAGUAUUAUGAACAACUUGAAAGUGAAAAUAAAGUUGUAAGAAAUUUCCAAUCUCCACCUAGUAAAGAUACGUAUGCUAUACCCAAUAACGGAUAUGCGGUACUCAGAUUUAAAGCAGACAAUCCAGGUUUUUGGAUGUUCCACUGUCAUCAAAUGUUCCACAUAUUGGUAGGAAUGGAACUUGUUAUACAAGUCGGAGAACCGCAAGAUUUCCCAGAGACACCUAGAGAUUUCCCAAAAUGUGGCAACUACAUGCCGAACGUUGCAGUAAGGAAUCAAAAGAAUAAGAGAACAAAAUAUAUUUAA